AUGACGACCCCGCCUAGAUCAUCUACUCAGACUCUGGAUUUUUCUUCCAUUCGUCUACAUCGAAAGCUUUCUCACUCAAACAAUAGCGAUGAUGAACAUGAGGAACAGCAUAUAGGAAAUAGUACCGGUGGUAGUACAGGCACUAGUACUAAUAUUACCAGGAGUGACGAUUUCAUAUCUUUCCCCACACUAGCAGACCCCGAAGUCUUUACUGAUAGAGGUGUUUCAGGCAUAAUCUCCAAGACCUUACGCAAAGUCACCAUGAAUGCAUCCAAGCUUGUUGAAAAUUAUUCGUCUAAUUUUGAGUCCCCCAAGUCGGCGAGAUCAAAUGGACUAGAGAACAGCCCAAGUACUCCAAAGGCUUUGGGGUUGGGGUUGGGUAUGGGUGCUACACAUCCAAUUGAUACGGUAGAUGCCACAUCAAUCAACUUUGACAAACUGCUGCUACCCCACCAGUAUCAACAAAACCGCGACCACCUGAAAAACCCUAUUAAAUCCGGCUCAAUUCUUCACGGAAAAUCUUCAGUACCUAACUUACAAGGCGUUUCGUCAAGGUCCGAGCAUAAGCUGAAUAAAAAACUGACAGGCAAAAUUGGAAACUCGCAGAAUGAUACAAUGUCUAAUCGAGGCCAUGAUCACGGGUAUGGGUCUUUGCUCCAGACUAGCAGGGAUCAAAUGAAACAACCAGAUUUUUUACUUGCACAACAAAGCCUGAGACCCACAGUAGGUAUUUCAACCACCCCAAACUUUAAACACGAAUUAGUUGAUAAUGAAGCAAUGGUUAAAAAUACAAAACUGGAAGGUUUGCUAAAAGACAAUCCAUCAGCUAUGCCAUCCAAGGAUACAAAUGCAAUCAACGAAAGUCUGCGAGAGAUGAGCCACAGAAUUCAUACUUUACCCUCGGAUAUAAGCAAAAUUCGGAAAACCCAACCACCUUUAUCAAAAGUUACUUCUGACAACAAAUCUUUGCGACUUUCUGCUGCUCAUUUCCCUACAUCCCUGUACAUUAAUUCAAGCGCCACCAGUUCCGUUGUCAAUGUUAAUGCUUCUGCAACAGUUGAAUUUUCAGAGCGACCAGGUGAAACUAAUGCAGCAAAAACUAAAGCUUCCAAAGGUGAAAAGGCUCUUUCCGAUGUUCGAUUACGAGAAAAGCAACUGCGUGCAAAAGCAUCCACAUUAUUUACCAAUCUACCUAAUGAUAUUGAGAUUUCUGACGAUUCUGCAUCCGACUCUGAUACAAUAGAAAGCCACAAAGAUGAUGAAAAUAGUAAAACAGACUCCGCAAGUUAUGAAAAUUAUCAACGCCACCUAAAUACCCAUCGCCAUUUCAAUAACAAAAAUAACACCAACAAUAAUCAACAUUCUUCUCAUCAUCAACUCUUGCUGGGUAAUUUGUCAUCAAGCAGAAACACAAGUCAAGAUACAAGCCGCAAAGCUAGUGUUAACAGCGUCAAAACACAAUAUGAACCGGGUCUUGGAUUUGCUGCAACAGUUGGUAAAUCAUCACCCAUAAAAGGUGAAAUUCUGGGUAAAGCAACAUUUACCACCAAAAUGGGCAACUCACCUACUAUCACAUCGUUUCAAGCACUUCAAAGCAAAGACCACAGGGCGAUAAAACGAAAAUCUGGAAACUUUUCGACUCAAAUCCUCGACAAUGCAAAAUCCUUGAUCAACCAAAAUAUCGGAGCAGUGGCUUCAUCUGCAUCGUCCAUAGUUGCACGACGGAAGAAGAAAAAGAAGAAAAAGCCAAGGAAAAUCUCCGAAAAUCCUUUAAAAAAUGGUGGUAUACCCAAAAAGUAUUGGAUGAAUGAUGCCUACGUGACAGACUGUUUAAACUGCUUCAAGCCGUUUACUGCAUUUCGCAGAAAACACCAUUGCCGUUUUUGCGGUCAAAUAUUUUGUUCGGAUUGUAUGCUUUUCGUAUCUUACAACCAGCACAAAGAUGAGAGAAGAAAUCUUGACAAAAAACCAACAUACAACGACAAACUUCGAGUUUGUAAACCAUGCUAUAGUGAUGUUAUUAUCUACUUGAGUGAUGAUUCUUCUUCCUCUUCUUCUUCUGCCUCUUCAUCUAUUUUAAAUGAAGAGAGAGCUGAAAUUGGCAUGGAUGGAAGUGAUUAUGCAAUUGAUGAAGUACAGAGCUUGGAGAAGCGUGGUAAUGAACUUCUAGUACCUAAUCAUCCACUAGCUCGAAUACGAUCAUUGUCCACCAGUACUCAUAAAGAGGGUCCGUCUCUACUGCAUGAGAAUCAAAGAUCUCAGUAUGAUGAUUCUAUGAAAAAUACCGACUCGUUAUCGGCUUGCAACUCCGAUUCACCAUCUUCCCACUCUAAUAGCCAGCGCAUAUAUCCCGACGAUUCAAUCAAAUCAAAUUUGAAACAAGCACCUCGAAUGGCCAUACCCACGACCAGAGCAGGUGAGUCUGUCGAGAUACCAAUAGUACGAUCUUCCUUAUCCAACAUGAGUAUUCCACGUUACGGAUCUAGUUUGAAAAUUGAAACUUUAUCAUCAAAUAACCCAUUACAACAUUCCCACUUGAAUCAUUUCAACUCUACAUUGAAGCACCACACAAACAUACAUUUCCAACGCCAGCUUCAUGAUCUCACCGACUCUCCAAGUUCUUCCAAAGCAUGGACAACCCAUGCAUCAAAAUCGAUUAUCCCGGAUGUUCCAUUUAGUCAAAGUUAUGAAAAUCCUAGCUCUUUUAUCCGUGCUCCAGUAUCAAGGAAACCAUCCCUUAAACUGAGAUUGCGACUGGAGCUUCAAAAUUGCAGCAGUAAUCUCUAUGAUAAAACUGUAGAAUGCAAUUCCGACGAUAAUGAAAGUACAACCAGUGAAUCGUCAGAGGAUGUGGACCAAACCCGAAGUCGCAUUCAUCUUAAUCGCCAUCAUUCUAAUCAUUUGUCGCGAACUUACAGUACAGGAGAAGCUGGUGCAGAGGCUGGUGCAGAAGAAGAAGAAGAAGAAGAAGAAGAAGAAAAAGAAAAAGAAAGAAGAAAAGAAAGAGAGGAAAAAGACGAUGAUGAAGAAGAUGAACAUGCAAUGUCGUUGUAUGCCUCGUUGCAUGGUCUGUUUAUUAGCAACAAAAACUCGCAUCAGAUUUCGAAUCUUUCUUACACCGAUUAUAACACGGUGCCUACGUUGGGCGAGUUCCCAAUGAUUAGAUCAUUUUCCAAUCGCGAGCUAGAAUAUAGGCAAGAAUUAGACAGUAAUCAUGAUUUGGCCAAAUCACUUCUGCCUUUGUCCCCUCAAAGGCCUUCUUCUACUAACUGGCGUUCAAAAGCCCGUGCCAAUGCUUCACUUCAACGGAUGCGUUCUAGAAGACAAAAUAAAACUGCAAAGAAUUUUCUGAAGUUGACACCUGCAAAUAUACGCACGAUGAGCCUGAACUCACCGUUAUCUCAUAGUAACUUGGACUCCAAGCAUACACCAGAAUCAUCACCUACAAUGAGAAAGGCGAGUCUUUCGAGACUAACUAGUGCAUCCGGAAGCGAUGCUAAUAAACAGGAUAUUGUACAUAACAACUUGGCGCGUGAGCGAGAAGAUAAUGAAAUGAUGCCUCUUAUCAAUCGACAAGUCUCCAGUAGUACUGUGGUGCACCACCACCCUUCUGAAAAAGACUUAGAGAGUAGCCCGGAUUAUUUUUCAUUUGGCCAAAAUCGACUCAAUGAUGAGCAUGAUGUUUUUGUCUCGGGCAGCGAGAAGCUGGAAAAACUUGAUAAUCUGUAUGAAGCUACAUAUGAUACUUAUUUGCUAAACUUUUUGAAGCAAUCAUUAAGUGAUGUCGAAGUCGAAACUGAUUUUGAUGAGUGGGUAACUACUCUCACCAAAUUAAUGGGUUCAGUUUCAGUGUUGCAAUUAACAGAUACUCUUGAUGUGCGGCAGUAUAUCAAAAUUAAACGAAUAUUAGGUGGCAAAAUAUCAAUGUCGUAUGUUCUCAAAGGUUUGUUCAUGACAAAGGAUGUUGACUCGAGACAAAUGUCUUCGGCACUUGAUGACCCACGAAUUGCAGUGCUUAUGUUCCCUGUUGAAUAUUUGAAGCAGAGGGAGCAAUUUAUCAGUUUGCGAAUAAUUCAAGCACAACAGGCUGUAUAUAUAAGCAACCUUGUGUCUAGACUUGUUUCAUUGGAGCCCGAUAUUAUAGUAGUUGGAGAUAGUGUGACUGGAUUGGCUGAGAAGAUGUUGGAAGAAUCAGGGAUUACUGUUUUAUCCAAUGUCAAGCCACAGAUAGUUGAGCGGAUUUCGAGGUACACUGGUGCAGAUGUAUUUCAAUCUGUUAAUGACUUAUUUUUCAAGAAAGGAAACUUGGGCACAUGUAAAAAGUUUGAGGUAAGAAGGUUCCAGUAUGGCAAUAAGGUAAAAACAUUUACAUUCUUUUCCGGUACAAACAUGCUGAGAGGGUUUACUUUUUGUUUGAGAGGAGGUGAUAACUUGUGUUUGAGCAAAAUCAAGCUUGUAGCUGAAUUGCUCACUGCUCCAUACCUUAAUGCGCGAUUUGAAAAACUGUUCUUUUUGAAUUAUCGCCUUAACUUUAAUGGAGUGGGAAAUCGCAAGAGGUCAUUAGCAAUAUUUGACGUCAUUGACGAACUUCAAUUGAAGUAUAAAGACUCAAACCCUCUGUUACCGCAAUUGGGAGAUGAUAUUUUAAACUAUAUUGAAACAUUUCGAGAUAGAAUAAUAUCUUCUUCUCCAUGUGUUCAAUACACUUUACCUGCACCUUUAUGUAACCUCAUAGAGGCCUAUAAAACAUAUGCUGCAAAAUUUAUUAGCAACGAUCAAAUACAACAACUCGAGUCUUCUACUUUAAAGGAUGAUGAGGUUUUAAUGCAAUUUUCCAAUGAGAAUUCUGACUUCCUGGAUAUAGCACUAUCAAGCAAAACUGAUCAGGAUAAAGAAACAUUGAGAAUCAUCAAGUUUGCUAGCAAUUGUAGCUUGCAGCUCUUGUUGAAUGAAUAUCAAUCUAGAAGGCGUAUUUGGACAAAUUGUUUAAAGUUUCCUAUUUACCAGCUAAACCCAGGUCUUCAUCGAUCAAUUCAUGUUUUGUUCUCCAGUAUAUCUAUCAAAUAUGCGACGCCAUGCUUGGGCCCAAACAUUGUUGUUAUAGAUUAUUAUACUGAAAAUGACAAAUGCAUCGGGCAAUUUCUAGACCAGGCAUUCCGCGAAAGUGUCCAUUUAUGUCAAGAAUGUGAAGAACCACUUUUAGAACAUUACAAAACUUAUGUGCAUGGAAAUAUGAAGAUCGAUCUUAUUGUUGAAAAAUUUGAUAUACGUACUGAUGAAAAUGGAAAUAAAAACUUUCAGGGCAAGGAUCAAAGAGUUAUGUGGACUUAUUGCAGAGAAUGCAGCCAUAGCACCCCAAUUAUGGCAAUGAGUGAAGAUACCUAUUGCUUAUCACUUGGCAAGUUUUUUGAAAUGAACUUUUAUGGUAAGAAUGUGCAUUGUGAAUGUGAGCAUGAUUACUUUCCCAAUUAUGUAAAGUGUUUUGGUUAUAACGAUUUGGUUAUUCGAUUGGAGUGUUCUAAAGUUGACAACUAUGAGAUUGUCAUUCCAAAAAAAAGGCUUGAGUUUAUUGCUAAUACCGAUAUUAAACUAAAAAUGGAUUCGUUUAAUAGUAUAAAAAGCCGAGCAGAAUUGUUCUUUGAGUCUAUUUUGAAGCGUUUAACAAGAGUGAAAUUGGAUACUUUUGUUAAAGAUGAAGAGAAGGCUGAGGAUGGUACAAAGAAAAUUAAUGAACUUAAAGCUAAGUUAAGAAAGGAUUCUCAAAUGGUAUUUGACAAGUUACAAAAACAAUUUGCAGACAUUGGGGUAACUAAUUAUCUUGAGCUUAAUGGUGUUUACAAAGAUCUACAAAAAUUAGGUGUAUCAUGGGACAACGAGUUUAAUGAUUUUGAGCGAAGAUAUUUACCAAGUGAAAAUGAAGUUAACAAGAUUACACAAUUCCAUUUAAGAAAGUAUCUUUUGGAUAGGUAUAAUAAUGACAAAGAUAAAGAUCUUGAUGAGGUGCAAAAGUCGAGCGAUGAAAAGAAUGGUUCAGUACGUGAAGAACAUGAAGACGAUGAACUGAAGAAAACAAACGAAAAAAGCACUAAUGAAAAUGAUUUCAAUGCAAGUGUUGACCAGCGCCCAACAAUUCCAACGUCUUAUAGUUUAUCUGCACCACAAAUUGCAACGAAAUCAGCAGCAGCUUCAAAAACGCGGGGAGUAGAAAGCGGUACUCUAAACCCAAUACCAGAAUUUGUUCCUCGCAAGCCAAGAGAGUUGUCUGAUAGUAGAAGGUUUUCGGACCCGAACCUUGAGUUCAAGAUGUUUCCGCAAAACUCCUCGUUGUAUGAGCAAAGUUCAAACAUUUCGGAGCGAAUUAGCAAAUGGGAACAAACCGCCAAUGACACAAAAAAUACAAAUAGCAAUGAAAAUUUUCAUCAAAAUGGUCCAAACCUUGGCAAUGUGAGGUCUGAAUCUGAUACAAAUGUGUUGGCACAUAGAGGUUCAGAUAGUUCAUUGCGGUCGGUUACAAAUGUGAUUCCGUCACAAAACAAAGUCACUCAUUUGGCCAACUUUUUUGACAAGAUGUACUACGAUCAAAUCUCUCAAGAGUUUUCGAAACAGAGGGAGAUUGAAAUGAAAAAACGAAAUAGGAUACGUGCACAACCUAUUUACGACAGUAAACCCAUUGUUGAAAUUUAUAACAAGAUUGAAGAUGUGGUGGGAGGCACAAAUGAGCUGGAUUUACAGAAGGAGAAAGAAAAACAAAAAGAAAAAGAAAAAAAGGAAAAGGAUAAAGAGAAAGAGAAGGAGAAGGAGAAGGAGAAAGCGAAAGCGAAAGAGACAAGCAAGUCUCGCAAUCAGCGAGAUGGUGAUGAUAAUCAGCGCGAGUCGAUUGCUAAGGCAGAGGAGAAACUCGACACAAUGAAGCAAGCUGAAACUCCCGAGAAGCAAUCGUUGUUGAAAUCCUUAACAAAUUUCUGGGCUGAUCGUUCUGCAACAUUGUGGGAUCCAUUAGCUUACCCAUUAGAAAGUCACGAGCAUACAUUUGCAGAUAGUGAUGUAGUUGUGAGAGAAGACGAACCAAGUUCUUUGGUUGCCUUUUGCUUAAGCUCAAGUGAUUAUAGACAGAAAAUGAAGAUUUCAUUUGAAGACCAGAAACCGGGCUCAACAAAUAGUGUUAAUGCGCUGAGUCAUGAGUUGAACCUAAAGAAACUGAUGAACUUUGACAGAGCUAAAGCAGACAACAUGAGCCAGAGCCAGAGCCAGAGCCAGAACCAGAACCAGAACCUGAACUUGAACCAGAACAAAAAGCAGAAUCAAAAACUGCGUAAUGAGGCGGCUGUUGUCGAUGUUUCAUCCGAGCUUAAAGCACAAAAAUUGAGUCAGAUUAACGAAGAGUUGAUUGACCAGUCCAAUGCUAGGUCUUUAGACAACAAUGGCAAGCUGGAAGUGCCUACGAACCAAGUGAUGAAAGAUUUCAAAUUUGGUUUCAAUAGCAAUACGGAAAAGAAGAGUUUGCAGUUUGCCAAGUUGGAGAAAAAGUUUAAGCAAAGAGGUACCCCAAUGACUAGCCAAGAUACGCAGUUGGAGACUAUACUCAAUCAGAAGAGGUCGAACCAUUUGAAGUAUCAGUUGAUUGAUGGUAAUACGAACUUAUCGUGCAAGAUUUUCUACUGUGAGCAGUUCCAGGCAUUGCGCAAGGCGUAUGGGGUUGAUGAGACGUUUAUUCAGAGUUUGAGUCGAUGUGUUAAAUGGCAAUCUAGUGGUGGUAAGAGUGGUUCGAGUUUUUUAAAGACCUUGGAUAAUCGGUAUAUUUUGAAGGAGUUGAGCAAGUCGGAGUUGGAGUCGUUUGUUUCAAUUGCGCCUUUUUAUUUUAGGUACAUUGGUCAAUCCAUGUUUAAUACUUUGACUACUGCAAUUGCCAAGAUCUUUGGGUUUUAUCAAGUUGAGAUCAAGAACAAUGCAACGGGAAAGUUGUUCAAGAUGGAUUUUUUGAUUAUGGAGAAUUUGUUCUACAAUCAUAAUACAACGAGGAUAUUUGACCUUAAGGGGUCGAUGAGGAAUAGACAUGUGCAACAGACUGGGAAGGAGAAUGAGGUUUUGCUUGAUGAGAAUAUGAUUGAGUAUAUUUACGAGUCGCCGGUGUUUGUUCGGGAGCAGCUGAAGAAGCUUCUUCGGGGGUGUUUGUUUAAUGAUACCAGUUUUUUGUCGGCUAUGGAUGUGAUGGAUUAUAGUUUGGUUAUUGGAAUAGAUGAUGUUUCAAAAAAGUUGUAUAUUGGAAUUAUUGAUUGGUUAAGGACAUUCACUUGGGACAAAAAGGUUGAAAAUUGGGUCAAGGGUAACAAUUUGAUUGGUGGUGGUAAGCGGGGCAAGGAUCCAACCAUUGUAACUCCCAAGCAGUAUCGAACUAGAUUUAGAGAAGCUAUGGAGAGAUAUAUACUAGAAGUCCCCGAUAUCUGGUAUGAAGGAAGUAAGUAA